CUGUAAUAAAGUUUUUAUCAUCACAGUUUCUUACUUUCUUCCAACUCCCGAAUCGUCUCAGCCGUCGUAUCACCGCCGUCUCGUCGCCGUCUGCCAUAGUGAGAAAGAUAUGGGGGACAAGAGGAAGAAGACGUUCAUGUUCAUACGUCUGGUCUCAGCAGCUGGCACUGGAUUCUUCUAUGUGAAGAGGAAGAGUAGCAAGGGUCUUCUUGAGAAGCUUGAGUUCCGCAAGUACGACCCUCGUGUCAACCGCCAUGUCCUCUUCACCGAGCAGAAGAUGAAGUGACCCCCAUUUUUUU